AUGGCUGACGAUUCAAGAAAUGAUUUCAGAGGUCCAAUAAAUCCCAUUAGAGUUAAUGAGAUAGACGGAUUAAUAAAAUACCUACAAAGUAUAAACUGGACGGAACCUUGGUUCUGCGGUCUUGCUGCUUUCCAUCUUACAUGUGCAAUAUUGACUGUGCUUACAAGAAAUAAGGGAGUGCUACAAGCCAUUUAUUUCAGUGUUUUAAUGAUUCUGGUAUUCUGUGCGGAAUAUAUAAAUGAAUGGGCAGCUAAGAAUUUUAAACUAUUUGCCAGUGAGCAAUAUUUUGACAGUAACGGUUUGUUUAUCUCGAUUGUAUUCUCUAUGCCGUUGUUGAUGAACUGUUUAGUGAUCGUCAUCUCAUGGCUGUGGGACGUGGGAAUGUUGAUUCACAAUGUUAAACAGUUAAAAAUAAAACAGAGAAGUAGACAGGCUGAGAAACAGAAAGGGAAGGACGCCAAGGAGGAGAGUACAGAAGAGGAAACUGAACAGGAUUCGCAAGAAAAUCAAGAUAGUGAGGAUAAGAAAGAGAAGUGAUUGUUGAUAAAUAUGCUGGUGUGAUUAAAAUUUAAAGGCAUUUGAUUCCUUGAAUAUGUGUUAGAAUAUUCAACAGUUGUGCAUACUUUGAUAUUGUUACAUUUUGUGAACCAGAGUAACAACUGUGUUUUUUAAAAGAAAAGAUGUUAUAUGUAUAUUCGAAGAAAUUUUUAAUUUGCAUUACUUUGCGCAUAGUUCAAGAUCAAGAAGGAAGGGGAGAUCACCUCAAAUCAUGCAUGUUUAUCCACUUAAAUUGAGUGAAUAAAACACAGCUAGAUUUUAUCAGUCUUCCAAUAAAUCCUGUUAACUGUGAAAAUAUAAAUUAUUUGCUAGAAUUCCAUUUCAAGUUCUUCUAAACAUGGUUAAUUUUGCAAGCUGGUUGAUAAUUUCAUUUGAAAUAAUGAAUUAACAUUGUGUUUUAUGUAUAUAAGAGGGUUUAAAGUAAGGAACACUGCAUAUUGUUUUGGGUUAUAUGGUCUGUAUGUUUGUCACUGAAGCUGAACUAUUUUAAAAAUUGAAAUGGUGCAUGAUUGUUUUCUUAAUUACAUGUGAUAGGUAUCUUCAGUAACCACAAAUGCUUUUAUUCUACAUGUAUAUUUAAAAAAAUAGUAAGUGUUAAGAGUAUAAACUUCUAGAUUUUGUUGGUAACAGAAAUAGACACUUGUUCCUUUUGUUUGUGAAGUUUUGGGUAGUGUUUCAUAUUACAAUAAAUGCAUAAUAAUA